AUGAGGCGCCUGAGUGACAACUUGAUGCAGGAGGUGGCGACCAACCCAGAGUUUGAUUCCUUGCGGGGCCUGCUCCCCUGGAUGCAUUCCUAUUUACAUGCCUGUCCUCGCCACCUCAAGAAAUGCAUGCUGUAUCUAUCAAUCUUUCCUCAGGACACCAUCAUUCGGAGAAGGCGUUUGAUCAGGCGAUGGAUCGCCGAGGGCUACUCAAAGGGCAAAGACAGCAAUAGCACCGACAAGUACGCAGAGAAGAUGUUCGAUGAGGUUGCAGCACUGAGUAUCAUGCUGCCAGUACUACUGGAUGCAAGCAAUAAGGUGACUGGGUACCGAGUCAACGGUUUCUUCCGCGAGUACAUCAUGUCACGGCCAGUGGAAGAGACCAUUUUCUUUCCAUUGGAAGUCUCUGCACUGGAGAAGCAGGGGCAUGACCGCCUGACCAUCGGGAGCACCGGCCUAGCCAUCGGGAGCACAUGGGAAAGAGAUCGGGUUUUUCUUCGAGAGUUUGGACUUCUCACGGCUACGGUCGCUGACGGUGUUUCAAUUGUUUUGGCCAUUAUUCUACGUGUCGGACAGGAUGAGGGUGCUUCGGGUGCUGGAUCUAGAGAAUGCAGGCCAAGACAGAGGGAGAUCACUCGUCUGCCAGACUCCGUGGGCAUACCGCUGCUCGGGAACCUACCAAGUCUGCAUACUCUGCGCCUUCGCGUCAGCAAGGAUCAACAACAUGGUGAGGUCCUCGAGAUUGCCUGCAAAUCCAAGUUGCAUGUAAGGUUUGACGAGGGAGUCAUCCAGAAGCUUGAGCUGCUGAAGGUCCACUGCCUUGAAGGUUCAGAGAUGCAGUUUUUGACGCUAGAGCACCCGGUUUCCCCCAAGCAAGUAUGGCUUCUGGGUUCCUUUGACGACGCACUCAAGGAAGCAGUCCAGCAGCAGCUUGUGAAGCACCCGAAGAAACCUGCUCCGAAGCUGGAGGUCCGCCGGCCACGUUCAUACCAGGUGUGGAGAUCGUGA